AUGGACCCAACUAAGAGAAGAAUAUUCGACUCUACUGAUGAGUUUGAUGACGCAGUCCCGAGUGACUGUGCUCCCAAAGACUUCUUCAAGGUGUUUGGUCCUGCCUUUAAGAGAAACGCAAGGUGGUCUGUUAAUUCUCGUGUGCCUGAUCUGGGAGAUGAAAACACACCGAUCAAAGAGGUUGAUAAGUACUACAACUUCUGGUAUGCUUUCAAAAGCUGGAGGGAGUUUCCUGAAGAGGAGGAGCACGAUCUUGAAGAAGCUGAGUCUCGUGAGGAGAAGAGGUGGAUGGAGAGAGAGAAUGCAAGGAAAACUCAGAAGGCUAGAAAGGAGGAGUAUGCUCGGAUAAGGACUCUUGUUGACAAUGCUUACAAGAAGGAUCCAAGAAUAGUGAAAAGGAAGGAGGAAGAGAGGGCUAAGAAACAGGAGAAGAAGGAUGCAAAAGUUAAUGCCAAGAAGAAGCUGGAAGAAGAAGGUGCUGCAGCUAUUGAGGAAGAGAAGAGGAGAAAAGAAGAGGAAGCUAAACUCGCUGCAGAGACUGCUCAGCAGCAAAAGAAGGCCAAGGAGAAAGAGAAGAAGCUUUCUACCAAGGAACAAAGUCGGCUCAGAACUCUCUCUGCACCUGUUGUGUCCCAGCGUCUGCUUGGCAUCACUAUUGCACACGUGGAAGAUCUCUGCAUGUCACUUAACUUUGAGCAGCUGAGGAAUCUGUGCGACAAGAUGGAAAACAAGGAAGGGCUGAAACUUGCAAAGGUGCUCAAGAAUGGGAACAAUGAUGAAGCUGAGAGCGAAGAGGACGAAGGGGCUGCUAAGCAGAAUGGUCAUGUAGAAGCCAAUGGAUAUUCCAUGGUAGAUACUGCUACUCAGAGCCCUCGAGCUGCUGCAAUGGUCUGAGAAUUUUGUUAUUGACAGAGAGAAGAGCCUGGACUCAUAUUUUUGCUCCGUUUCAUAUUUUUCAUAUACAUGGUCAUGCUCUGCUGCUCUUCCUUACAUCGAGUGUUUGACAACGGUCCUCUGUCACCGAAUGAUUCUUAUUAAUCUAUUUUUGUUCUAAUUUUGUUCAGCUCUGUGUCUUCACCUAAGAACACGGUCUUUGUCUGUUUUAGCAUAUUUUCAUAUUGGAAAAUCC